GCAAAGAUGUGAAGUCGGUAGUUUGAAUCUGUUCAUAAUAUAAUUAUAUGCUUGAAACAGUGUUAGGAUUAAUCGUGGAUACAUUAUUAGUCCGAAAUUGAAAGCAGCCUGCGCACGUUCGGGAUACGACUGCUGAGCCUACGAAUGAAAACGACAUUUGCUGGUGUAAUAAUUGUUCUUCUUAAAUAACGAUGACGUCAGCGAUGCGGGGUAUAAUCUUCAUCCUCGCAAUCUCUAUCUUGGUGUCUGGUGUGGUCGCUCGUCGAGCUUCUUUAUUUAGAACAAAGGACGCCAUCAAGGGACAGUAUAUUGUGGUCCUAAAGAAAAAUGCAGUGAUUCCCAGCGUUUUGCAGUCUCUUCGUGAAGAAUCCCAGCUGAAGAGAGUACCUUUCAGCAACCCCCUGAAAGAAUACAACAGAGUACUCAACGGAUUUGCAAUCUCUUUAUCCAAAGAGACAUUGGCAGCGGUGCGAGCCCACCCAUCUGUGAGGUACGUAGAGGAAGAUGGCGUAGCAUACGCUUCAGAGAUCUGGGGUCUUGACAGGAUCAACCAAAGGGAUCUUCCUUUUGAUGAUAGCUAUACUCCUGCCGGUAAUGGGAGUGGUGUGAAUGUAUACGUCCUUGAUACGGGGAUCAGAACCACUCAUGAGGACUUCGAGGGCAGGGCGGAAUUCAGCUAUGACGCCAUGAACUACGCUAUUGGUAAUGAUGGUGAUUGUCAAGGGCACGGGACUCACUGUGCAGGUACGAUCGCUGGUAAAAGAUACGGUGUCGCCAAGGGUGCUAGAGUGUAUGCCGUCCGAGUUCUUGGGUGUUACGGGUCAGGGUCAACAUCAUCUGUGAUCGAUGGCAUGGACUGGGUAGCUAGUAAUGGUGCACGUCCAGCCGUUGCGAGCAUGUCUCUUGGUGGAGGAGGUCUACGUGCUGUAGACGAGUCACUAGGAAACCUACACAGGGCAGGCGUAACAGUGGUGGUAGCGGCUGGUAACAGCGACCUCGACGCAUGCACCUCUUCUCCUGCCAGAGCUCCUGAGGCCAUUACAGUUGGCGCGAUCCAAGAUGAUGAUGCCAGGGUCUACUUUUCAAAUUGGGGCGCAUGCGUAGAUAUCUUCGCUCCCGGACGUGGUAUUCUGAGCGCUGACUACCGAUCCGAUGAUAGUUACCGAUCCCUGAGUGGUACCAGUAUGGCUUGUCCUCACGUAGCAGGUGUUGCCGCGAUCCAUGUUGGUUUGAAUCCCAACCUAUCACCUGAUAGCGUUCGUGACGUCAUCCUAGAAUCAGCUAGCAGAGACAAAGUCACUGAGCUACACGACUCGGAGAAUCUCCUUCUAUACGUUCCUAACGAAUCCUAAUGUUACUUAACAACGACCACAAAUCUGCACAAUACUUCAUUUAGCAUCCCAUAAUAUCUAUCAUUAAUCAUAAUAGAUGAUAUAUUACAAUUCCAAAUAGUCAUACAGAAAAACUACUAAUGUACAACAUUUUUUUAAAAAUUAAUUUCAGUUGGUAUAACUACAAUAUUUACCUAAUGCUUUUCACAAGUAUGUACUGAUGUGAAUUAUUACAAAUCAGAAUACAAGACAAAUACUGCCCGAAAAAGGAAUGCCCUUUUUAUAAUGUAAAGUGGGUUGUGGUAUUACAAUUUCAAUCAUAUUUUAUAUUUGCCGCAGAAUUAAUAUGUGUCAAUUGUUUGCUACUUUUAUAUCGUAAAUUGAGAUAAUCAGGUAACGUAACAUGCUAAAGGAGAUUAAAAAUAAAGAGCUUUAUUAUCAUCAAAUCAGAUGACUGACGAUUAAUUGUGUUUAUAGAGAUUUCGAUUGUGAAAUUGUCAUUUUACGAUAUGGCAGUAAAAGUUUGUUUAAUAAAUUACAUUCAAAUUA